GCGGGGUGCGGCGGCGGGGGCGCGCGAGCGGGGCGCUGUGGGGCUCGAGGGCGCGUCCACGUGGCCGGCGGGCGGCCACCGGGAGCCAGCGGCGGCGGAGGGACAGGCUCACCCCUGGGGCAGCCGCCAGCCAUGCCCGCCGCCGGCCUCCUCCUGCUGUUCCUCCUUGCCGUGGGGCGGGCCCUGGGCAGCAGCAGGCCCUUCCCUGUCUUCUCAGUGACGGACACCUCGCUCACCCACCUGGCCGUGCACCGGGUGACUGGGGAGGUGUUUGUGGGCGCGGUGAACCGCGUCUUCAAGCUGGCCCCCAACCUGACCGAGCUGCGGGUCCACAUCACGGGGCCCGUCGAGGACAACGCUCGCUGCUACCCGCCCCCCAGCAUGCGCGCCUGCGCGCACCGCCUGGCGCCCGCAGCCAACGUCAACAAGCUGCUGCUCAUCGACUAUGCGGCCCACCGCCUGCUGGCCUGUGGCAGCAUCUGGCAGGGCACCUGCCAGUUCCUGCGCCUGGACGACCUCUUCAAGCUGGGCGAGCCCCACCACCGCAAGGAGCACUACCUGUCGGGGGCCCAGGAGCCUGACUCCAUGGCUGGCGUCAUCGUGGAGCAGGGCCAGGGGCCCAGCAAGCUGUUCGUGGGCACCGCUGUGGAUGGCAAGUCUGAGUACUUCCCCACCCUGAGCUCCCGAAAGCUCAUCGGCGACGAGGAUGGUGCUGACAUGUUCAGUCUGGUGUACCAGGACGAGUUCGUCUCCUCUCAGAUCAAGAUCCCCUCAGACACACUGUCCUUGUACCCGGCCUUCGACAUCUACUAUGUCUACGGCUUUGUGAGCGCCUCCUUUGUGUACUUCCUGACGCUGCAGCUAGACACCCAGCAGACGCUGCUGGACACGGCAGGCGAGAAAUUCUUCACGUCCAAGAUUGUGCGCAUGUGCUCAGGGGACUCAGAGUUCUACUCGUACGUGGAGUUCCCCAUCGGCUGCUCGUGGCGCGGCGUGGAGUACCGCCUGGUGCAGAGUGCCCACCUGGCCAAGCCCGGCCUGCUGCUGGCCCAGGCCCUGGGUGUGCCGGCUGACGAGGACGUCCUCUUCACCAUCUUCUCUCAGGGCCAAAAGAACCGGGCCAGCCCGCCGCGGCAGACCAUCCUCUGCCUCUUCACCCUCAGCAACAUCAACGCCCACAUCCGGCGCCGCAUCCAGUCCUGCUACCGCGGGGAGGGCACGCUGGCCCUGCCCUGGCUGCUGAACAAGGAGCUGCCCUGCAUCAACACCCCCAUGCAGAUAAAUGGAAACUUCUGUGGGCUGGUGUUGAACCAGCCGCUGGGCGGCCUGCACGUGAUCGAGGGCCUGCCCCUGCUGGCCGACGGUACCGAUGGCAUGGCCAGUGUGGCCGCCUACACCUACCAGCAGCACUCUGUGGUCUUCAUUGGCACCCGUAGUGGCAGUCUGAAGAAGGUGCGGGUCGAUGGCUCUCAGGAGGCACACCUGUAUGAGACGGUGCCCGUGGUGGAUGGCAGCCCCAUACUCCGCGACCUGCUGUUCAGCCCUGACCACCGGCACGUCUACCUCCUGAGUGAGAAGCAGGUGAGCCAGCUCCCGGUGGAGACCUGUGAGCAGUACCCGAGCUGCGUGGCCUGCCUGGGCUCGGGGGACCCGCACUGCGGGUGGUGCGUGCUGCAGCACAGAUGCUGCCGCCAGGGGGCCUGUCCAGGCACCUCAGCCCCACGUGGCUUUGCUGAAGAGCUGAGCAAGUGUGUGCAGGUGCGGGUCCGGCCCAACAACGUGUCGGUGACGUCGCCCGGGGUGCAGGUGAGUGACACGGGGGGGGGGGGCGUACAGGCCCACGCACGCGUGUUGGGAGUGCACUCUGCUCCGAGCCCUCUUCCUCCCCCAGUUGACUGUGGCCAUAAGCAACGCGCCAGACCUCAGUGCGGGCGUGAGCUGUGCCUUCGAGGAGGUGGCAGAGAGCGAGGCUGUCCUACUGCCCUCCGGGGAGUUACGCUGCCCCUCACCUUCCCUCCAGGAGCUUUGGGCUCUCACUCGGGGGCACGGUCAGUGGCUGGGGCUGCCAGGGGCGGGGGUGCCGUUUGUCCCCGGCUCACGCGUGGCACUCCCGGGCUCGCUGCAGGGGCCGCCCGCACGGUGCAGCUGCAGCUGCUCUCCAAGGAGACCGGGGUGAGGUUUGCUGGCGCCGACUUUGUCUUCUACAACUGCAGCGUCCUCCAGUCGUGUAUGUCCUGCGUCGGCAGUCCUUACCCCUGCCACUGGUGUAAGUACCGCCACGUGUGUACCAGCCACCCCCACGAGUGCUCCUUCCAGGAGGGCAGGGUCCACAGCCCCGAGGGCUGCCCUGAGAUUCUGCCCAGCGGGGACCUGCUGAUCCCAGUGGGCGUCAUGCAGCCUCUCACCCUGCGGGCCAAGAACCUGCCGCAGCCCCAGUCGGGCCAGAAGAACUAUGAGUGCGUGGCCCGGGUGCAGGGCCGGCUGCAGCGGGUGCCCGCCGUCCGCUUCAACAGCAGCAGCCUGCAGUGCCAGAAUGCCUCGUACUCCUAUGAAGGCGAUGACUAUGGUGACACUGAGCUGGACUUCUCUGUGGUCUGGGAUGGAGAUUUCCCCAUUGACAAGCCCGCUACCUUCCGAGCCCUCUUGUACAAGUGCUGGGCGCAGCGGCCUAGCUGUGGCCUCUGCCUCAAGGCUGACCCCCGCUUCAACUGUGGCUGGUGCAUCUCGGAGCACAGGUGCCAGCUGCGGGCCCACUGCCCGGCCCCCAAGACCAACUGGAUGCACCCGAACCAGAAGGGCGCUCGCUGCAGCCACCCCCGCAUCGCCCAGGUCCACCCGCUCAUGGGGCCCAAGGAGGGAGGCACCCGGAUCACCAUCGUGGGUGAGAACCUGGGCCUCACUUCCCGAGAGGUGGGCCUGCGGGUGGCCGGCGUGCGCUGCAACUCCAUCCCCACCGAGUACGUCAGUGCUGAGAGGAUCGUGUGUGAGAUGGAGGAGUCGCUGGUGCCCAGCCCGCCGCCAGGGCCCGUGGAGCUCUGCGUCAGCGACUGCUCGGCAGACUUCCGCACACAGUCUGAGCAGCUCUACAGCUUCGUGACGCCCAUGUUUGACCGUGUGAGUCCCAGUCGGGGCCCAGCCUCCGGGGGCACGCGACUCACCAUCUCUGGUCGUUCUCUGGACGCGGGCAGCAGAGUCACAGUGAUCGUGAGAGACGGCGAGUGCCAGUUUGUGAGGAGGGAUGCUGAAGCGAUCGUGUGCAUCUCGCCUGUCUCCACCCUGGGCCCGAGCCAGGCCCCCAUCACCCUGGCCAUCGACCGUGCCAACAUCUCCAGUCCCGGCGUCCUCUACACCUACACCCAGGACCCCACCGUCACUCGCCUUGAGCCCACGUGGAGCAUCAUCAAUGGAAGCACUGCCAUCACCGUGAGUGGGACCCACCUGCUGACGGUCCAGGAGCCCCGGGUCCGGGCCAAGUACCGAGGCAUCGAGACCACCAAUACGUGCCAGGUGAUCAAUGACACCGCUAUGCUGUGUAAGGCCCCCGGCAUCUUCCUGGGGCGGCCCCAGCCGCAGGCCCACGGUGAACACCCUGACGAGUUUGGCUUCCUGCUGGACCACGUGCAGACGGCCCGCUCCCUCAACCGGUCCUCCUUCACCUACUAUCCCGACCCCAGCUUCGAGCCACUUGGGCCCUCUGGGGUCCUGGACGUCAAACCUGGCUCCCACGUAGUGCUGAAGGGCAAGAAUCUGAUCCCUGCGGCGGCUGGCAGCUCCCGCCUCAACUACACGGUGCUGAUCGGGGGCCAGCCGUGCGCCCUCACUGUCUCGGACACGCAACUGCUGUGCGACUCCCCCAGUCAGACAGGCCGGCAGCCGGUCAUGGUGCUGGUGGGUGGCCUGGAGUUCUGGCUGGGCACUCUGCACAUCACAGCCGAGCGGGCGCUGACCCUGCCGGCCAUGGUGGGGCUGGCGGCGGGGGGCGGGCUUCUGCUCCUGGCCAUCACCGCCGUGCUAGUCGCCUAUAAACGCAAGACUCAGGAUGCCGACCGCACGCUCAAGCGGCUCCAGCUCCAGAUGGACAACUUGGAGUCCCGGGUGGCCCUGGAAUGCAAGGAAGCCUUUGCUGAACUGCAGACAGACAUCCAUGAGCUGACAAGCCACAUGGAUGGCGUGCAAAUCCCUUUCCUGGACUACCGGACCUAUGCCGUGCGUGUGCUCUUCCCGGGCAUCGAGGCCCACCCAGUGCUCAAAGGGCUGGAUACACCCCCCAACGUGGAGAAGGCUCUGCGUCUCUUCGGGCAGCUGCUGCACAGCCGCGCCUUCGUGCUCACCUUUAUCCACACCCUGGAGGCCCAGAGCAGCUUCUCCAUGCGCGACCGUGGCACUGUGGCCUCGCUCACCAUGGUGGCCCUGCAGAGCCGCCUUGAUUAUGCCACGGGGCUGCUCAAGCAGCUGCUGGCAGACCUCAUCGAGAAGAACCUGGAGAGCAAGAACCACCCAAAGCUGCUCCUGCGCAGGACCGAGUCGGUGGCUGAGAAGAUGCUCACCAACUGGUUCACCUUCCUGCUGCAUAAGUUUCUGAAGGAGUGUGCUGGGGAGCCGCUCUUCCUGCUCUACUGCGCCAUCAAGCAGCAGAUGGAGAAGGGCCCCAUCGACGCCAUCACAGGCGAGGCGCGCUAUUCCCUGAGCGAGGACAAGCUCAUCCGCCAGCAGAUCGACUACAAGACGCUGACCCUGCACUGUGUGUGCCCGGAGAGCGAGGGCAGCGCUCAGGUCCCGGUGAAGGUUCUCAAUUGUGACAGUAUCACCCAGGCCAAAGACAAGCUGCUAGAUGCUGUGUACAAGGGCAUCCCCUACUCCCAGCGCCCCAAAGCUGAGGACAUGGACCUAGAGUGGCGCCAGGGCCGCAUGGCCCGCAUCAUCCUCCAGGAUGAAGAUGUCACCACCAAGAUCGAGUGCGACUGGAAGAGGGUCAACUCGCUGGCCCACUACCAGGUAAUAGACGGUUCCUUGGUGGCACUGGUGCCCAAACAAGUGUCAGCCUAUAACAUGGCCAACUCCUUCACCUUCACCCGCUCUCUCAGCCGUUACGAGAGCUUGCUCCGCACGGCCAGCAGCCCUGACAGCCUCCGCUCUCGGGCACCCAUGAUCACGCCCGACCAGGAGACGGGCACCAAGCUGUGGCACCUGGUGAAGAACCAUGACCACGCCGACCACCGGGAGGGAGACCGGGGCAGCAAGAUGGUCUCAGAGAUCUACCUGACACGGCUGCUGGCCACCAAGGGCACGCUGCAAAAGUUCGUUGACGACCUCUUCGAGACCGUGUUCAGCACAGCGCACCGGGGCUCGGCCCUGCCCCUGGCCAUCAAGUACAUGUUCGACUUCCUGGACGAGCAGGCCGACCAGCGGCAGAUCAGCGAUCCCGAUGUGCGCCACACCUGGAAGAGCAACUGCCUGCCCCUGCGCUUCUGGGUGAACGUGAUCAAGAACCCACAGUUCGUGUUCGACAUCCACAAGAGCAGCAUCACGGACGCCUGCCUGUCGGUGGUGGCCCAGACCUUCAUGGACUCCUGCUCCACGUCCGAGCACCGCCUGGGCAAGGACUCGCCCUCCAACAAGCUGCUCUACGCCAAGGACAUCCCCAACUACAAGAGCUGGGUGGAGAGGUACUACCGGGACAUAGCCAAGAUGGCAUCCAUCAGCGACCAGGACAUGGACGCGUACCUGGUGGAGCAGUCCCGUCUCCAUGCCAGUGACUUUAAUGUACUGAGUGCGCUCAGUGAGCUCUACUUCUACGUUACCAAGUACCGCCAGGAGGUUCUCACCGCUCUGGACCUGGACGCCUCUUGCCGGAAGCAGAAGCUUCGCCAGAAGCUGGAACAGAUCAUCGGCCUCGUGUCCAGCAACAGCUAAGGGUGGCGGACCCGGUGAGGAGGGGGCUUCUCAGUCCCGAGCCGUCCCCCCGUCCCGGGGUGGGGGGGGGGGGUCUCCCGCCUGGGUCGCGGGGCUGAGCCCUGGAUCGGGUGGCACGGGAGAGGUCACCCGGCCGAGAUGCCCCCGGCACACCUGGGCCCCCGUCAUGAGUGCCUUGCUUUGGGCCCUGCGUGGGGAGGGGGUGCCCAGACCAAGCCCCCACCCCCGGCAUCAGCAAUACCCCCGCCCUCCCGGCCUCGCGCCCGGGGCUCGUGAUCGCCCCGACCUCCUUCCUAUUUAUACCCCAAGCACCUAUUUAUUUAAUUUAUCUCCCCUCACCGCCUCCAUCUGUACAUACGCGGCCCCCCCGCCCCCCGGAGGUUGCCGGCCUCCCUCGGCUCUCCUCGAGCCCUCCUCCCGGCUCCCCUGGAACGUGGUCAGCCGUGGCCUAGCCCCUGGCCCCUCGCCCUGGCCCUGGCUGGCCCCAGCCAUCCCGAGGAGGGGGCCUCGCACCUGCGGCACUGGGGGCGGGUGAGGCACGGAAGCCGCCCUCAGACUGUGGCUCUGCCAAGGGGUCCCCCUGCGGCCGCCACAGCAGCCCCCCGCCCCGGGCUUCCCGGGCGGGGACUGCACCCCCUCCCAGGGCCCUGUUGCCUCCGAGCGCCCGGAGAGCUGGAAGCAGGCUCCCGCCAGGGCCUGAGCUGGGCCUGGGGGCCCCCAGCUCUCCUUCUCCGGGCCCUACCGCCAAACCUCCUCCGCGUGGUCUGCGCGCCCGGGCCCCGCCUCCUCCGCUGCCCUGUCCUGCACCCGCCCCGAGGGGCAGAGGCGGCAGUGCCUUACUCCUUUGUUCUUCCCACUCCCUGGAGGAACCUGGCCCCGGCCCGCGCUCCUGGAAACCCACUUCACCCGCCUCCCCGGCCCCCCUGUGGCUUUUCUUUUUUCUUUCUGCAUGCGGUUUUCUUUGCCCA